CAGCAGUUCAGGAAGAUGGUGGAAAGUCGGAAGUCCUUUAACUUCCGUUCCCAGCAGAAGAUCUCGAACCAGCGCAAGGAAAUCAAGGCCCUGCAGGAAGAGCAGGAUGAGAUCACUCUGCUUUUGGGUCUCAUCAAGUCCUCAAAGAACUUGGAUCUGAAUGAGAAAAACUACAUGGAGCUGUGUUUCCUGCUGCAGACCAAGGACGACUAUGAGACCCUGAUUAAAUCAAUGAAAGUGUUGUUGGCAGAACUGGAUGAGAAGAUUGUUCAGAUGGAAAAAAAAAUUACAAACCAAAAACAGAUCUUCGCAAAGAUACAGGAAGCCAAUGACCCCCGGAAACUGCAGAAGCAGAUCCACGUUCUGGAAACCCGUUUGAAUCUUGUCACCGUGCACUUUGACAAGAUGCUGACCACCAACGCCAAGCUCCGGAAGGAGAUCGAGGACCUGCGGUAUGAGAAGGCUGCUUACGACAACGUGUACCAGCACCUCCAGCGACGCUUGCUGAUGCAGAAGAAAACCAUGAAUAUGGCUAUUGAGCAGUCUGCCCAGGCCUAUGAGCAGAGGCUGGAAGCCAUGGCUCGGAUGGCCGCCAUGAAGGACCGCCAGCAGAAGGACAUUUCUCAGUACAAUCUGGAGAUCCGAGAGCUGGAGCGCAUCUAUGCCCAUGAGACCAAGCUCAAGUCUUUCUUGCUUAUCAAGCUGAAUGACCGUCUGGAGUUUGAGGAGCAGGCCAAAAAGGAAGAAGCUCUCAAGAGAAAGAAGCACAGGAAGAAGACCAAGGGUGAGAGUUUCGAGAGCUAUGAGGUGGCCCACCUCAGGCUGCUCAAGCUGACCGAGGACGGGAACCUGAAUCAGCUCGUCGAGGACUUUCUGGCCAAGGAGGAGAAGAACUUCGCCAGGUUCACAUACGUCACAGAGCUCAACAAUGACAUGGAGAUGAUGCACAAGAAGACCCAGAGAAUCCAGGAUGAGAUCAUCUUCUUGAGAUCCCAGCAGAAAUCAUCCCAUGAUGACAACCGCUCCACCCUGAGAGAGUUGGAGGAGAAACUGAAGAAGACCACGGAGGAGGCAGACAUGUAUGAAAACAGCUACAACGAAAUCAGCAAGACCUUGGAGUAUCUCAAGACCUCGGUGGAGAAUCUGUUUAAAAAGAUUAAUUGUGAUGCCACUACCAUCCUGGGGCACUUAGGGGAGACAGGGAAAAUCACCGACAACAACCUUCCACAGUACUUUGCCAUCAUCGAAAAGAAGACCAAUGACCUGCUGCUGCUGGAGUCCUACAAGCGGAUCCUGGAAAUGGAAGGGGCAGAAACCGAGACCCAGCUGCCCUUCGUCAACCCCUUCUGGGGCGGCUCUGCCCUCCUUAAGCCCGCAGAACCCAUCAAGGUCAUCCCCCCAGUGUUCGGGGCUGACCCCUUGGGCGAAAGGUUGGAUGAAGUCGAGCAGCCCCUGGACCACAGCAGCCUUCAGCAGCUCGUGUUCAGCAACUACAUCGCAAGAGAGUUUCGAAGCAGGGACUUACAUUCAGAGAGCACACCUGAGAAGGGGGAUGAUCCAAGGCUCAGGAAGAAGUUAACGGGUUGA